CGCACCAUGAAGCAGUGUUUAACACCUGAACCUGAUCCUUUAUCAGUGUUACACAUUACACAAUUUGCAUAACCAUUUUUUUUUUUAUUAAUAUGAAUAAGUGUGCAGCUCUUUAACAAGCAAGACAUGAGGACAGGGGGACAUGGGGAAAUGGGGGAUCCUCAUGAUGCAUAUACUUAUGUUGUGUAUCAGAAAUUAGCUGAGCAGACAACAUGAUUACACAAUGUCAUGUAACGCAUUUUGUAUUGAUCAACAGAGUUUCUUUUUAAUGGGGUGAUGUUAGAGAAGGUGUUCUGUGUGUUUUCUUUUGCUCUAUAUUUUUGUUCAUUAUGUACAUUCAUUAUGUACAUUAAUAAAAUAUUUCUUCUUAACACAAAGUAUGUACAUGGUAUAUACAGUAGUAUAUAGAAGCAGCUAACUCCAGGCUUUGGGUAAAUAUAUUACAUUUUACAUUGGGAUUAGUUCUAAUUGUUAUUUAUUUGAAAUAACUGAGUUCAACUACACUACCCAGAGUACAACGUGGUCUACAAACAUGGACACUUCAGACUACAACACCCAGCACCAACAGAGACUGUCAUGUUCAAGUUCACCAUCUUACUGAUCACACACACACCUGUUCACAAUCACAGCCUACACUAUAAAACGACUUUCAACCCACAAUCACUGUGAAGUAUAUGCUCUGUGUUUUGCCCUGAUUGUUAUGAAGCAUUAUUGUUUACCAGGUUCCCGAUCUUGACUGGUUUUCACAUUUUACCUAGUUUAUGCUGUUUGCUCAUCACCUGGCCUCUGCCUGUCUGUUUACUAUGCUCUUGCCUUACAUUUUAGAUUUGUUUGCCUGUGUCUACACUAAAGCUGCUGUUUACCUGCACUCGUGUCCGCACCUGCCUCGCACACACAGUCUGCAGUACCUCUUCACUGUGCUCACACCAGGAACAGAUUUCCCCAAUUUCACUGUUGUUGGUCUACUGGAUGGAGAGCCGUUUGAGUACUAUGACAAUAAAACCGGGGAGAUCAUUCCGAAGAUGGCAUGGAUAGAAAAGUGUGAGCAUGAAAAUUAUUGGAAAAAACAGAAGAUUUGGAUCAAGGGUAAUGAGGAGGACUUAAAACCCUUUUUGUCUGCAGUAAUGAAGCACUUUAAUAACAGUAAAGGAUUUCACACAUGGCAGUGGAUGUCUGGCUGUGAGCUUUAUGAUGACCGAAUCACUCAAGUAUCCAACCAGUCCUGUUAUGAUGACAAGCAGUUCGUUUGUGAUGGCAAUUCCACUAGAGUGUACGACCAGUCUUGUUUUGAUGGAGAACAUGUCAUCACUCUGGAUCUAAAAAACCUCAUCUGGAAUACAACUAGUGAUAAAGCUCGAGCACUGAAAAACCAAUGGGAGGCUACUGGUCAUCGAGUUUUGGACCACAAGCAUGACCUCAUAAAGAAGUGUAUCAAGCUGUGUCAGUACUUGUCUUGGGGCAGAAAGAUUCUGGAAAGGAAAGUUCGUCCCGAGGCAUCACUGUUCCAGAAAAACUCGUCUUCUCCAGAGGUGGUGUGUCAUGCUACAUGUUUCUUCCCCAAUGCUGUGAAUAUCACCUGGCAGAAGGACGGAGAGGACGUGCAUGAGGACGUGGAUCUCAGAGAGACGUUACCCAACCAGGAUGGAAGCUUCCAGAAGAGAAGCAUUCUGACAGUCACAGCUGAGGAUCUGCAGAAACACAACUACACCUGCGUGAUUCAGCACAGCAGCUUGGAGAAGGAGAUGGUGCUGCCUGUGAGCGAGCGCCGAAUCCUGAAUCCUGAUGGAGGAUCAGGUGGAGGGCAGACUGGUAUCGUCGUUGGUGUAGUCGUGGCUCUCGCGGCUCUCGUUGCCAUUCUUGUUAUUUACUUCCAUUGCAAACGUAUCAACUCUGGUCAGUCCAUAAUCUGACUUUCAGGCUUCACAGCCGUUCCAGUCUAAUCCAAAUUGUUAAUGGUUUAGAUUUUUACAGCCUUCGAAGACUUUCCAUUCCAUGCAUGGUCUGAGAGAGAUGUUCUAUUAAGGAGAAUACGACAAGAUGUUCUGCUACUGAACGUUAGAUCAAGGGACCAUCCAGGGAUUUAACUAUUGUAUUGAAGAGGCUGACAUGAAGAAUGGAGAAUAACAUUCAAGUGUUAUCCAGACCAUUUCACCGUUCAUCCGAGCUAACUCAGUUUAGGUGAUGUAUUACUGUACUAAAAUGCAGAAGUUUUAUGUAAUUUAAAAAAAUCUAUUUACUGCAUUACUAAAUAAGUAAAAUAAUAGGUAAGAACAAUCUGCUUAUCCAAAAAAACAAAAAAAAAAACCUUUCAUAAUAUUAACAAAAGUGUCAGUAUGUCCGUUAAAGAAAAAUAUAGAAGCAUUAAAUCAUUUUAUCACAAAAAUAUAGCAUGCAUAAAAUUAACUAGUAAAAGAUAUUGUCUAUGAUCUGCAACACUGAGUAAACUUUAAUGAAAUUCAUAUAUAUCUGAUUUAACAGAACACUGUUAUAAAAAGGCAUUAAAGAGUCUGUUAUAAAAGAUGAAGAUAAUCUAUAAUGCAUCAUUGCAACAGUUACAAUACUGCAGACUGUGUAGAAACUAGGGAUGCACCGAUUGAUCGGCUGUCGAUCUGUAUCGGCCGAUAAUCACAUUCUGUGACCCGAUGGUAGACUCUAAAUUUGGCCGAUCUCAUGAACUGAUCACAAGUUGAUGACGUAAAACAUAUGAGGAUGUAAAACACAUGAUGACAUUAAACUUUAAUGCUGCAGUCAUGUCAUCACCGGUGUGGAAUUAUUACGAGGUCUCAAGAAACAAAGAAAAAUUCCCCAUUUUCCGUGUAUUUAUGUUCUCUGUAAAAUUAGUUCUGCUUAUUCAUUUGAUUCUCAAUUGAUAAAAAAUCUACAACUUUACUGUAAAUAAUAUAACCAAGGCAACAUCUGUGGUAUUACUUUAUCCAGAAAAAAUAAUAAUAAUUUAAAAAAAAAAAAAAGGUUAACAUUGACUGUCAACAGAAUACUUACAUAAUCACUUAUAUACAGCUUGAACGAUUCGGAUCAGUAUCGGCUGAUCAUGUUGACUGUUCUGCGAAUCUAACAGCACACAAAAAAUAACAUCUGGCUUUUCCCUUUGAUGGACAGGGCAGUGGGAGGGGCAUACUAUCUCUCCCCUGUCAAUCACAGCAACAUGAGCCAAUUGUGUGUGUCUACUGUUUUUUAAAAAUAAAUAAAUAAAUAAAUAGUUUCAAUGGUCCCCCGAAGAAAUGGUCGACCCCCCCCCCCCCCAAAAAAAAAAAAAACAAGAAACUUUUAAUGUAAGUAGUUCAUCAAACUAUAUUCUUCCCUUAAAAUUGGUCAAAUGGGACAAAUUUUAUUUUCACUAAAGCUUUAACAGAAUUUAGCUGCACUUGCAUUGCGUUUCUAAAACAAGUUUUCUCAGUGCAGGGAAACGUGCUACAGAUACAGUAAAUAGAUAUAAGAAUGUAAAAGUCUGAAUUAUUUCUUUAAUUCUUAGUGUGUGUGUGUGUGCAUGCAUGUGUGGGGUGUACACAAGUGUAUCCGUUACAGCAGUGUUUACUGGCAAAUUUUUUUAAUGACAGAUUAUUUAAUGACUUUUUGUAACUUAUUGUUUUAUUCAGUGCAUUGUUUCGUAACCUACUGUGAUAUUUACAGAGAAUUUGAAGUCUAAAAAUGACAUGUGAUAACAUGAUUUACUGUUUACCUCAGUGAAGGUUUGUUUAUAAUUAUUUACUAAUGUAUUAUAUACAUCCUGAGAAUGAAAAUGCAUUGUAUUUGUAUUUAUUACACAUUAGAAUUUUUAUACAUCACAGUGCGUGUGCCUUGCCGAGUGCAAAAGUUUGCAUAUCCAUACCCCAAAUGACUUUACAGGAAUUUUACCUCAGUUUCUUUCCCUAAUUUGCUGCCAAUUCCCACCCACCAGCCAGCCCUCUCCCAUUAAAUAACAACUACCACCUGGGGAGGCUGAAAGCUAACACAUGCUUCCUCAGAGGCACAUGAAGCCAGCCGCCCUCAUUUCUUCCCCAAACUGCUGCCCAUGCUGUGUUUCGCACAUGAGCUCACAGACGGCCACGGUUGGCCAGUGGUACUGUGAUUGGCCAAUGGUACUGUGAUUGACAGGGAAGAAAGAAUUCCCUCCCACCCAGAGAGCACAGCUAAUUUUGCGCUCUCUCCAAAAUUGACUUGACUUAAAGCCUGUUAAACAUAUUUUACCUUAAAUAUGACAUUUUUUUUAAAAGUAUGUUUUCCCUUCUUUUCUUUUGUUUAAACCAAAAACCUCAGGAGGAGAUAUAAACUUUUGCACUGAAUUACACUCUCUGGAAGUGUUGAGACGGAAACUGUUCUCUGCAGGGAGAUGAGUUUAUUUGUCUCUUUCAUCUUGAACAAAUGUCUUAUGUACUGUAAUAAAUCACCUAAAGAAUGC